AUGGAAAUUCCUAGUAUCUCUCAAACUCGUUUGAGUUCAAAAAAGCUUAGUCAAAAAAUCAGAGUCGAUCGAUAAGGACAUCCAAUUCUCAAAGGAUACAAAUUGCACUCAAUAACUUUCAUUGAUGAGGUUAUAUCUGGAUCGCAUAUUCAUAAAGUUCAUAAAGUUGAUAGUUGGAAGUUGCACAACAUUAAUUAAUAUCAAAAACAAAAUGACUAAAAAUGCUGCCUAGUUAGUUGA